AUGGAUGAAAACCACAAUGACGUCGCCAUCAACACAUUCAAAAGUGGUCUCCCCACCAAGCAUGGCUUAAGGAAGUCUCUAACUGGUAAACCCGUCACCAACGUUCGCCAAUUGAUGGACUGGAUUGACAAAUAUAAAAGGGUGGAAGAGGACCAGCUACAAGGGAAAAGAAAGGAGAAGAUCAUCCCCCCUAAAGGGAAUGAUUACAGGUCGGAACGAUAUAACAGCAACCAGCCGAGAAGGGAUUUUUCGAGACAGGCUGGACAAACCAACAUGCAAGCGGUUAGUGCCAUAUUUAGAGAGCCGGUGCAACAAGUUCUUGAGAAAGUCAAAAGUGAGCCUUUCUUCAAAUGGCCGAGUAAAAUGGCCGGAGGCUUCUCAAAACGCAACCAGAACCUAUAUUGUCAUUAUCAUCAAGACCACGGGCGUACCAUCGAGAAUUGCAAGAAUCUAUGGAAUCACCUGGAUCAGUUAGUCUGA